GGGCAGGACAGGCUCAGCAUUGCCACUGCCAUUGGCUCGUGCAAACAAGAACUUGAAGAAGGUCCUGAAGCGGUGCAAGCAGCAAGGCACGGAUCAAAGCUUGGGAUUCAGCAGGAACUUUGUUCGGAGAAGAACUCUCAGUUGGACGCAUGCAAGCUGCUCUUCAAAUCGCAGAAGAAGAAUCGAUGGCGUUUCUGAGUUGUCUUAUCUGAUGGCGGGGACAAAUGAAGAGGUCUUUAAAUCAGUUUGGAUCUAGCGCUGUCUGUUUGUUGAUCAGCAGGCUGUCCGAGUUGAUGGGCUAGCUGCUAUAGCUUAGUUCAGCUUGAACCGGUGCAGGUUCUGGCACACCACUGCUGCAUCAACUUUGAUCAGGGAAUUGCUGCCGCAGAUUGAAAGAGAAGUACAGAAAGUGUUUGGAGUAGGUCUGGAUUUUGUGGGAUUCGAUGGCCAUCACAAUAGUUGCUGGUCAGGUCCAUCUCAGCAGUCAAAGCAGCAUACUUACUCACAGUCUGCAAGAGAACUGUCGGUUGCAUGCAAACCUCCGCUCCCAGUGCUUCCGAAGGCCAAUAGGAUACAGUGCUCGCUUGACGCACUCCAGACCAGCAUUGCUCAGAAAACCCCCUGAGCCACCUCAUUUCCUUGAGAGUCCAAUCACACACAUACGAUCAGUUCGGUGGAGGAGAAGCUUGGCUGACCCUUCCUUGCAAACACUAAGACCGCUUGCAUCUGCUUCGAUCGAGCCCCCACAAUCCGCACGAACAUCCGCUGCUCCCUCAUCCUCCACCCACUUUGAAAACCAACCACCGCCAAUCUAUCCCACUGCUGAGGAAGAAUCCCCGGGACCGUCCGGCCACCCAGGCUUUGUUUACUUCUCCGGAGACAGUAGGGUGGGGACAGUCAGCUACAACCCUCAAGCAACAGUACAGGGCACGCCGGCACCAGAUCAGGCAAUUGGAGAGCCGCCAAACAUGGCCACAUGGACCAAUCUGCCGCCGAAGAGGCUGCUUCUGAUGGCCGUUCUUGCCGGGACGCUUUGGACGAGCCUGAUGGGGGUCCGAGUGUUCGGGAAAGGUGCGAGGCUUGCAGCGGGGGCGUUGUCGCUCGUCUGGCUCGGUGUCGUGCUGGGGAUCUCGUUCCUGGAAGCUUGGGUGAAGUUCCGCGCCCCGCUGAUUACGCGCGCGGUCGCAGUCGACGUCGGGCGCCACGUGUUUGCCGCCAAGUCGUACGUUGAAAAGCUGCUCUACCUCGCGCUCGUUGCGCUGCUCGCCGAUGCGGGGGUCCGCCCCUGGGGCCCGCCGUUUGUGGUGCCGGUGCUUAUGGCGGUAGUCCUGCUGCAGUGGGAGUGGCUGGAACCGGGGCUCGAGCAACGUGCCCGGUGGACGAUCGCCCAGGCCCCUGCAGAGGAUCUCCCGGCCUCCAAGGCCUCCCUUCAGGCAGAGAUUGCGGAGUCGGUUAUGCAGCCCGUGCCCAAACGCGAUAUCCACGAGAUUUUUGGCGCGCUGGAGGUGGUCAAAGUGUUGGUGCUGGCCAGCCUUGCAGUGUGGGCGUUGAGAGGGCGGCCGUGAAAGGGGUUAAGACAAGAGUUGGCGUAGGAGGGUUUGCACAGUUGGUUGGAAUUAAGGAUCGAAAUGGCUGGCGGAGUUCAUCCUGGAUCUGCGAAUAGUGACUUGGCAUGAUCUAAGUAUGCCAGAAAAACAUUGCAAUGACGUAGUUCAUAUCCGAGUUUCUUAAGAAACAGCGCCUGAUAAACGUGCGAGGAAAGAUGGCAGUGUACAGGCCGGAAAGGCAAGCUGCUUGCCACAGCUAGAGCGCGGAGUUUAGGCCUGCUUGCCAAUUGCUUGUGUGUGUGGCACGCUUCCAUAUAGACAGUCGCUCAAAUCAUGCCAGGUAGGAAUGAUGUGAUUCUAGGAUAUGAAUCACCUACACUGGAUGCCAGAUGUGGCAUCUACAUUGAUUCUCGUAACUGUGAGGUAAAAGCCUGACAUGGAUCCUGG